AUGCUUACAAAACACUCUAAUACAGAAAGAAUGAAAAGAAGUGCAGAAAUAGCUUAUCUCAAAGAAUAUUAUCCACAAAAUUUAGUUCAAUUUCAUAAAAUAGGUGUAAAACUUCAAAAUGCACCAGAAAAUGAAAAUGAACUUGUUGUUGAACCUGAUGUACAUUUUCAAAUUGAUGGAAAGGAAUAUCUUGUUUUUUUCAAUAACCAUUUAAGGGAAAUAAAUACAGUUUUAAAUCGUUGGUUAGAAAAUGAAAUUUCAGAACAUUAUAUUAUUAUGCCAGAUAUCAUUAAAAUGUUAGUUAAACAAGUUGCAGAAAAAGGAAAAACAGAUAAAGGAAUAAUACGACAUUUAAAAGCAGCAGGUAUUGGUUUAAUUCCAGGAUAUGGACAAUACCAAGCAAUCAGAAUGUGGACUUGUAAUAUCUUUCCAACUUUAGUAUCUUCAGAAGUAAAAGAAGAUGAAGAUAGAAUCUUUCGACUAGCAUAUCAUGUUUAUAAAACAAAAGAAUUAAUUGAAAAAUAUGGAAGUGAAAUACAAUCAGGUAAAAUAUGUGCUAUAGGUAUUGAAAAGAGUUUCAUUGGGAAGAGUGAAUAUAUGACAGUUUGUGAUAAUGAAUUUUAUCAAAAAUUAGAAUCAAAAUUAUUUGAAAUAAUGUCAUCUUACGAAAAAAGUAAAGAUGAAAAAUUGAAUGAUUUAAAUACAUUUUUAUAUGGGUAUGAAAAAAUAAUUCAACCAACAGUAGAUGAAUGGAGAAGAAUGUGUUUUUGUUUUGUAAUUAAUAGAGUGAAUUAUUAUCUUACAAGACAAGAAGAAUUAUUAAGCGACAAAUCAUAUGAAGAAUUAAAAACAAUGACAAAUCUUAGGAAAAGAUUGAAUCAGCUUGCUAUUAAAUACAAACAUUUGUAUUUAACAAAUACACAAAUUCUUCUUGGAAUUAGAAUAAGUCGAUGUAAAAUUCUUGUUGAUAAUAGAAAAUGUAAAACAAUAUUUAUUGAAAGUUCAAAUGUGAGAGAAUUUUAUAAAAAGAUUAAUAAAAGGUUAGAUGCAGAAGUACAGAUUCUUACAAACAAAUAUUCAUUCAGUGAAAUUCCUAUUGAAAAGAUUAUCAAAACAGCACAGAGUUUAAACCUAGAUAACAAUCAAGAUUCAAUAGAUAAAAAGAAAAAAGAAAUCAAUGAAAAAGAAGAAGAAAGAGAAAAGUUAUUGGGAAACGCAGCAACUGAAGUUGGAAAAGUAAUCAUAGAGAAAGUAGAAUCUAUAACAGAUAUUGCUGUUUCAAUUUAUAAUAUUGGUUCAUUGAUACAGCAAUUUAAAAUAAAAGAUAUAAUAGAUUAUAUGUUUACACAAAAUAAAAUAGAAAAUACAAAUGAACAACAAAAAGAUGUUAAAAAAGAAAACAAUAAUCCACCAAAAACUGAAACUAAUAGUAAAGAAAAUACACAUACAAAUGAACAACAAAAAGAUGUUAAAAAAGAGAAUACUAAUCCACCAAAACCUGAAACUAAUAGUAAAGAAAAUAAAGAAAUAAUUCAAUCAUCUAAUACAAACAAACAAAUUAAUUCAUUACCUUCACUUCCAUUAAAUAAUACACCACUUGGAAUAGCAUUAAAAGCUAUCAAACCUACUCCAGAACAAUUAGAUAAAUUACAUUCGUCAUUUAAUAAUUUUGUUGAUGCACAAAAAAUAACAUACGAAAUUGAAUCAUUUAAAGAACAAUUAAAUGUAUUGGAAAAUGUUCAAAAAUUAUCAAAUGAUUUUAUCAACUUACUCAAACUUAAAAUAGUAUUGCAAAGAGAGUGGUUAUUUGAUGAGAUUGAUAUUAAUGAAUAUUUAGGAAUUAUUGUUACAGAAGAUAAUAGAUAUGUUGUUAAUCCACGAACUAAUUCUGAACGUAAAUCUAAUCAUAAAAUAUAUGAAAUAGAGAAAGUACUAAAUUAUAAUGAAGGAGAUGAAGAAUAUUGA